AUGACCAGCCCCGUUGAACUUACUCCAGAAGUUCUCCAAGAUCUAGCGGAUAUAGUCGCCUCGAAAUACUUUUUCGUAGCUGGUCUAUCUAUUCUGAUUCUCGAUCAUUUGGUUACCUUCCCGGAUGAGGUGAACACAAUCUGGAAGAAGAAGAAAAGCAUCCCUAUUUACCUGUUCAUAUUCCUUCGAUACUAUGCUCUUCUCGUUAUGGUUGCUGUUGCAUAUGGUUUCUUCUCUCCGACCAUAACACCUGAACGGUGUAAUAAAUGGUCCUUUAUCCUUCCUUUCGGUGUCGUCAUGCCGCUCAGCGGUGUGUCGGAUCUCAUCCUUCUUAUACGAACCUACGCUCUUUUCAAUCGUAAUAGAUUUAUCUUAUGCUUUCUAUCUGCCUCGCUGGCCACGCAGAUCUCCCUGGGAUUAUGGAUAUGGACUCUGAAAGGAAGUGGAGCUGCGCCAGAUCCUAUCAACAAUCCUACCUUUCAUUUCUGUAUGUUCUUGACUCCUAAGAGCGCUGGAUCACUUGCUCCACUCUACAUGCUCUUCGAGCUCGCCUACGAAAGCCUCAUUUUCAUCCUUACAAUGGGUCGAACGGUGUACCUAUACAAGUUUUAUCCCGUGAUGAGUUCGAGCAGACGAAGCUUGAUGGAAUGUUUCAUCAAGGGUGGCGCGAUAUACUACUCUGCCAUCUUUUGCUUGAACCUCGUUUGGGCAGUUUUGAUCUUGCGUGGACCCACUGGGCUUCGGGGUAUGACAUCCAUGCCUGCCUCUGCCAUUGGUGUCACCCUCAUCUGUAGAAUCACGCUCAACAUUCGUACGGAGUUCAUGGGCCCCACCAACGUCUUCGAACGCACACAAAACGGAAUCCCACUCUCAGAGUUCAAUCAGAGGCAGAUCAAGAUCCAAACGACGACCGUUACGGAGAACUUUGGGUCGGACACCGUGACGAACUACUUCGAAGAUGAUUGA